AUGAGGGGCCCUGAGGAUGCACCAGGACAGGCUGACAGCCCCACAGAGGAGGAGGAGGAGGAGGAGGUGUUGUGGGAGAAGAUUGAGAGUGUGCGGCACCAGCUGACCCGGUCCUUGAACCCAGCAAAGCUGACGCCCUACCUGCGCCAGUGCCGUGUGAUAGACGAGCAGGACGAGGAGGAGGUGCUGAGCUCAUGCAGGUUCCCAUACAAGAGCAAUCGCACAGGACACUUGAUGGAUAUCCUUCGAUGUCGAGGAAAGCGAGGCUACGAAGCCUUCCUAGAAUCCCUGGAGUUUUAUUACCCAGAGCACUUUACCCGGCUGACAGGAAGGGAGCCAGCGCAGCGCUGCUCUAUGAUCCUAGAUGAGGAGGGCCCCGAGGGUCUGACCCAGUUCCUCAUGUUGGAGGUGAAGAAGGUGAGGGCGCAAAGGAAAGAGCACCUGGUGAGAGAGCACCAGUUAAAGGUGAAGAACCAGGCCCUGGAGGAGGAGCAGACCCGGCUGGGGCAGCGGCUGCAGGAGCUGCUGAAGGUGCAGGAGCGAUGCCAGAGGCUGCGGGAGGAGUGGGACUCCAACAGCAUGGAGCUGCUGCGGCUGAAGGAUGAGAACUACAUGCUGGCCAUGCGCUAUGCACAGCUGUGUGAGGAGAAGAACCUGGCCGUGCUGCGGAGCCGGGACCUGCAGCUGGUGGUGGACCAGCUGAAAUGUAAAGUUAGCAGCCUGGAGGAAGAGUGCAGGCUGCUGAGGAAACAUGCGUCCGCUGGGCCCCAGCGAGAGGCAGAGGAACGGGGUCAACCUGACACAGUGCCUGAGCUGCAGGCCGAGAACCAGAGGCUGACGGCCUCACUCCAGGAGCUGCAGAGCACGCUGCAGAUUCUCUUGGUCCCUGUCUCUGGUUUGGUGCUCGGAGGAUCCUUAGCAGUCCAGGUUUGCAGAUUCACACCUGAGGCAGCGAGUGAGGCCCAGGCGCCGGGCUCCCAGCGGAUCCUCCUGGACAUUCUGGAGCAUGACUGGAAGGAAGCACAGGAUGAACGGCAGGAGCUGUGCCAGAAGCUCCACUCCGUGCAGAACGAGCUGCAGUGGGCUGAGGAACUAAGGGAUAAGUACCUGCAGGAGGUGGAGAACCUGCAGCUGAAGCACCGGACUCUGCAGAAAGAUUGUGAUCUGUACAAACACCGGAUGAACACGGUGCUGUCUCAGCUGGAAGAGAUCGAGAAGGAGAGGGAUCAGGCUAUCCAGAGCCGAGAUAGGGUGCAGCUGCAGUACUCCCAGAGCCUGGUCGAGAAGGACCAGUACCGCAAACGGGUUCGGGCCCUGGAGGAGGAGCGAGAUGAGCUUCGGAGCAAAUUCAGCCAGGCGGAGGGUGUGGAGAGCACUCUGGAGGCACAGCUGCAGCGAUGCCAAGGCAACCGGGAUGUGGGCAUGACGGUGGGCACCUCCUCCUACUCCCUCUGCUCCAACUUAAGUAGCACCUGGAGCCUGAGCGACAACCCCUCCCCCCUAGGGAAUGGAGUCAUGGACACGCUGGGUGUCCCCGCCAUCACCUUUCCAGGGGACUCCACACACCACAGCAUGGAGGUGACUCCAGAGAGCGAGAAGGACAUUAACCGCCUUUCCACCUUCCCCUUCCCACCCUGUGCUGGCUCCAUCAUCCGACGGCAGCGGGAAGAUGGAUCCGUGCCCUUCAAAAGCCUGUCCUGCGGGUCUUUUGGCAGCAUGGAGGACAUCACAGGGAGUGUGACCACUACUGUUUCAUCGGCCGGUCUCUCCUCCCUUUCCAGCAGUGCAUGCACCAGGGUGAAGUCGGAGAUCUGCUUGUCUGCCAUCUCUGACCAGAAGGAGCUCAUCAGAUCUCUGGUGGUGCAGCUGUCUAGCAUGGAUCACCUGACCAACCCAGUGCCCCAGCACAGGGGGCUUGGAGGGGACAUCUCCAUCCUGGGGGGGAACAGAACAGGGAUUUAUGUCCAGUGGGUGAAGCCAGGUUCAGAAGCUGAGAGUACAGGACUGCGCGAGGGCUGCCGGCUCCUAGAGCUGAGGGGGACUUUGCCGAAUGGGCAGGUGCUGUCCCUGGAAAACUGCACACGGGAGGUAGCUUACCUGAGCCUGCUGCACUGGGAUGACCCAGCUGGUCUCAUCUUUUUGCCUGAUGUGCACGGGUACCAGCCUCUCAAGGAGGCCUUAGAAGAAGGGAAGAAAGUGACUGGAGACUCCUUCUAUAUGCGUACCAAUCUGACCCUCCUGGAGCAGUCUGACCCCUACUCCCUGUGCGUCAAGUGUCGGGAGAUCCUGCACGUCACUGACACCAUGCACAAGGGGCGGCUGGAGUGGUACUGUGCCCGCGUUGACCCCCUGACACUGCGGGACCUGGACAAGGGAACAGUGCCUAAUUACAGCAGGGCUCACCAGCUUUUGAAGGUACAGGAGAAAGGCCAAGUGCCAGGCCGGCAGAGGGGCUGCAGGAGUAAUCUGAAGAAACGGACCCUGGGCCAGCUGCGGCUGGUGAAAUCCAAACCGCCCGGGGAGCCUCCUCGGCAGCUGCUGCUGGACCCCUGCCCAGACCCAGACAGGAGCCCAAAGCCCUACAGCCUCGUGCGUCCCCUGGUGGUGCAGGCCCCUCGCCCGGUGGUGCUCUCCCCUGACUGCAUAGCACCCAGGCUCAUCAGGAACCUGCUUGACCUGCCUACCUCGCGCCUGGACUUUCACCUGUGCCCAGCUGGUGAGCAGGAGCAAUCAGAGACCCUGGCUAAUGACGAGCCAGCUGCUACCCCUUCCCAGGAGAACUGCGUGGCUCUAGGUUCUCUCCAGGACCAGAGGGAGAGCAGGAGGAUCCGCACCAUCCGGGAGUGCAUCGGCAAGAAUAAACACUGCCUACUGGAGCUGGGCCUCCAGAGGGUGAGGGAUCUAAUUAAAAGUGAAAUAUACCCCAUCAUUAUCCACGUGGAGGUCACCGAGAAGAACGUCAGGGGACUCAGGAGCUUACUGCGGAAGCCAGGCCAGCGUGACUCUGAUGUGGUGAAGCUUUGCCAGAGCGCUGAGCAGGCUCUCCACGCCCUGCCCUGCUCGUGGGCCUGUGUGGAUGCGCAGUCCUGGUGCCACGCUGAAGAGCUGGUGAAAGUGGUGCGGCGCUGCAUCUUCCAGGAGCAGAACAAGGUCGUGUGGGUUGAGGAUGGCGAGCUGUGA